GCGAGUCGGCAACUUCGUGACCAUAAUAAUCUGCCAGUGGAAUUUUCCAUCCACCCCGCUGGCCAAAAUUAUGCAUUUGCUUGCCCGCUUGCCGUACCACACACAGCUGUCAAAUCGCAGCAAUUGCAGAAACGUCAGGUCGCAGAAGCCAGUUUGUUUCCUGCUAAUUUGUAACCCGCGAGUGUUUCAACAUUCUCCGUAAAAAAUCUGAACUUCACAGUUCUGCCGAGUGAGACGAAUAAUUGCAGCCGAAUCUCUAAUUUAGUGUGUAUGGUGUGACGUGGUGUCUCGUUGAAUAAAUUGGGCUAAACGGUGUGUUUUGUGUGUGUGUGGAAGUUAAAAAAAAGAAGAAAAGUAGCUUGCUGCAUAAUCUGCUGGCAGCGAUUAGUGCAUCCCCCUGGGGUCACGAAAGUGCCAAAAAGAAGGAGCGUGGUGCAGUACUACUAUGUGUGUUCAAUGUGUUGUGUUAUGUGUGAAUAAUAAAUGGUGAGGUAAAAUUGGCGAGACAACACAACACAAGUAGGAGCGAGAGUGCAGGGGAGAGAUAGACCGUAUCAUCAUCCUCUAUAUGCAUCCUAAUUUGGCCAGACCGUGUGCAGCCACAGCUUCGGUCUUUCGGUGUCGUCGGUGAGGAGAGAAGUACACCGCGGGCAGCACUGGGUGCUGUAGUGGUGUGGUGUUAUUAAAUCUUCCCAUUCCUCCGCCGGACCAUCGCUACCAGUUUUUCAACCCAAGCACUCGAUUAAGAUCGCGGCAGUAGCACACCCGGCAGCAGCAGCAGCAGCACGGGUCAGAACGUGAGCGGCGGCCAGUACCGCGAGCAAGUGAGACAGCGUGGCGAUCUACCCUUCUGUCCCCGCGGUUGGAAUAUGGAUAGAAGUGUAGAUUCCAUCGGUAGUUGCUCGCUUGAUGUAGAUGCCGAUUCGACCGACUUCUCAGACACCUCCGGAGAGCUGAACUUUCUAACACCGAUUUCGGGCAAAGACAUUACGCGCGAAUUCACCGCCGGCAUCAAGGAGCGUUGUAUGCUACCGGUCAUUAACUGCCAAGCAGUCACGAGCGUACUGGACCCGGUGACAGGACACAUCAGCACGGUGCUCACGACGACCACAGCACCCAACGGCCAGCAGCAGCAGCAGCAGCAGCAAGCACUGCAGCCCCUGCUGAGCGGCACCGGUGACAGCUCACCAACCGCAGCCACGAACAAGAAGCCGAGCUAUCUGAACCUGGCGUGCUGCGUCAAUGGGUACUCGAACCUGACCACGUACGAUUCGAAGCUCCGCCAGGACAUUAACAAGUCGCGCGAAGUUUCACCCAGCCGUCCGAUCAUCGCGACGCUCCACUACAACCGUACCGAGACCGGUGCCGGUGGGCAUCUGCUGGCCGCGCCAACGCUCAGCUACGUGAGCAUGAACAACACCAUCAACAAUAACAACAAUAACAAUAAUAACAACUACAGCGCAAGUACAGGCGGCAACCGAAUGCUCAAGAUGAACGGUGCCGGUGUAGUGAAUGGUGGUGCUGCUGGAAGGAUGCGUGGCAUGAAUGGCUCAAUCCUGUCACCGCCCUCGGGCGGUGCCGAUAUGACCGACAACGUGGGGAUGUUCAAUGGAAAUGGAAGUUUUGCGGGCAGCAUGCGUACGAAGGUAAUUUCCUCCCAGUCGCAGAUCAGCAGUCACGCGCGGGACGAAGCGACGGCCCAGCUGCUGAUGACGCCGAAGAAGAGCUUCAUCCAGCAGCGCGUCGAGAAGCUGUACGGGGCGAGCGAGGUGGUGGUGCUGAACAAGCAGAACUACAGCAGCAGCGAGCGCAAGUACCUCAACAACAUUGCCAACGACAACACCAGUGGCGGUGCGCCGGGCAAGCUGAUCCAUCACAGCAGUACGGCACAGGCUGGACAGCAACAGCAACACCACCAUCACCCGAUGGGAAAUGGAACGGCCCGGAAUGGGGUAGCGAAUGGGACGGCCGGCGGUCUGCACGUGACGAACGGCGGAACCAAUGGCGGCUCGCUGCACGAUGAAAACGGCAAGCAGCUAAACGGGGCGGCGGAAGUGAGCAACGGCAGCGACGAGGCGGACGUUGAAUCGCUGCCCGUGCUGCGACAUUUGCGGCCCGAAUUCCGCGCCCAGUUGCAAAUAUUUUCACCGAAAAAGAUGCCGAAACCGGCAGCACCGCCGGCGAAUCGUACCACGGCCGUCAACGGCAGUGCGGCGACGCAUGCGAAUGGCAACACUGCGGAAGAGAAUAUCACACUUACCACCGGCCCGAAACGGUACACGCAAUCGAACGGCAACAGCAGCAACGCCGAUCACCUCGAGCAGCAGCAGCAUUCCCUGGUGCGGGAAGAACAGGAUCACCGCACGAUGGUUACGAAUCGAUCCACCAUGGUGGUGAAAAAUGCUCGAAUUUCUUCGCACACAACCACAACAAGCAGCAGCACUAAUGGACGGACUGUUGCUGAAGAGGAGGAGGAGGAGAAUGCUCUGCUAACAAGCAACCAUCACCAUAGUAACGCUACUAGUGCACGCAGCAGCACCAUCACCGAGGCAAAGCAGCAGCAGCAGCAGCAUACCACCGGCGUCGUAACGGAGCAGCAUCAUCACGAAACCGCGUCACAGAGCCGCUCGAGUUCUACCGACAUGUCGACGACCACAACCACCACCACCAAGACAUCGAUGGCGGCGGUAACGUCAUCGACGACGGUGAUAGUGGAGGAAAAGAUGCGCUCGCUGGUAGUGGUGUCGCCGUCGUCGGGUACCGCGGCCGAUAACGGUGUUGGUCGAAUGUCGACUGCCGAUGGUGGUAACGCCAUUGCCACGGCCGCCGCCACUGUCGUACCUGACGAGCCAAAGCCGACGACAGUCGUCGCCGCGAGUGUGAUCGAAAACGGCGUACAGAACGGUGUUCGACAGAGCAGUGGCAGUGACACCAUCACCAACGGGCUUGAAAGUGAAGUACCUGCAGUGAGCGUGAAGAAGGAGGAAGUGCUUGUUGUUGGCGGUGGUGAAAUUGUGAAUUGUGAUAAUAGCAGUCAGUUCGACGCGGACAGUAUGCGCACAGCGAACGGCGGAAGCACGGUGGUAAUGGAACCGGUGGCCGCCAGCAGCAUCACGUUGCCCGCGGUCGCGACGAUGGCCGAUUUUGUCCAUCCGGUGGCGGAGGGAGGCAUCCAAUCAAAUGGUAAACCAAUCGAGGUGACCACAAAUGGCCAGGGGAGCAACGACAGCAGCUUUAGUAGCAGCAACAACAACAUUGUGCUGGAUGGUAACCAUUUCCUGCGGAUCCUAAAAACCGAACAGAACCGGCUCAAAGCAAUGGCUGACGAAGUGGAGCAAGAAAUCAAUCUGUUGAAGGCCGAUGGCGUCGAGUUCGGCGAGGACAUUAACGGAUACAUCCUGGUUGCUGUGGGCAAGGCCCGCCUGCUGUGUUCGCAAAAAAUGAAACAAUUUGAAGAUUUGUGCUACACGAACCUCAACCAAUCGCCGGACGAAAAGUUCCAAACGACCGGCGAAGAUUUGCGAGGCUUCUGGGACAUGGUGAUGCUGCAGGUAAACAACGUCGACGCUAGCUUUGCCGAAAUUGAUUCGUUCCGGAAAAACGGUUGGCGGAAACCAGCGCCAAAGAGUCCACCGCCACCAGCUCGCAAUGGGAUGGGGGGAGCGACGCGCACCAAGCUGGUAAAGCGUCCGUACAAAACUGGCGGCACAGCGAACGGCACCUCCGUGACAGACGGCAGCAACGGUGUCGAGGCGAAAAAGGCGUCGGCCGCGCUGGCGGCAGCCAAGCGGGAGGCCCAGCGGAAGCAGCUGAUGGAAAUGAAGCGCAAGCAGAAGCUGGCCAACAGCCAGCAGCAGACGCCGGUGGAAAUAUUUGCCCCGGCAAGCGACGAGCCAGCAGCGCAACAAAACGGCGUCGGUGGUGGUGAUGACAACAACUGUAGCACGGCCGUCGUCCCUCCGGUAGGGACCGCCGCAGCAGCCGCAACGACGACGCUGGUCGAUACGAGUUGAUCUCGUGAGCCGGCAGCAGCAACAGUACGAUUGCUUUAAGCUUUUUUCCGUCACACGCGCCCCCCCCCCAUACCUGAGAUAGGCUCAUUUCGGAGUUCGAACUAAAACCGAGCGAAAAUUUUAUUGAAAGCGACAACAACACACAACAAUACAAACUGUAGAUGCUGUCUCUAGUUAAGAUGAAACGCAAGCGGAAUCGAGCUAAAGCUAGGCGGUGUGAGGAAAAUUGACCACUUGGUGGAGAGACGAGUAAUGUUUUGUAAAUUUUACUACACACACACACACUGGACUGAACCUUAUUUUUGACAGUUUUCGUUAAGCUAUCCGGAACAGUGAAACCCGUAGCAUCGAUCGUCACGGCGAAAAUAAACCGAAACAACCGUUCACGUGAAUGCAAGACUACGUAAAUAUCAUGAUCAUCUUAAAAAUCCCUCCUUCAAUAAUUUGUCCGAGCACACCACGGGUUGGUAGCGCUCGGAUGUUUUUUUAGUAUACAAAUUCCAUCCCUUCCAAUGUACCCGCGAUGAGAUGAGAUGUAUGUGCUCUACCACAAGGUGGAAGCAAGUUUUGAGCAUUUUCAUUUAUCCCAUUUUUGCACUAAGAUUGCAGAAAACUCUAACGAUCAUCAAAAAAACCCCGUAACAACCGUAAACUGGACACCAGAAGGAAGCGCGUGAAGCAAGAAUUAUGAACUGUUGGAAAGCACGUACACAACAAUGUGAUUGUUUUAUACAUUUUUACGGUCGAAUAUUAUAAAUUUAUUAUUAUGCCUGUUAUUGUAAGUACUAGUUUUUACAUGUAAAAUGACACGAAAGGACUUUUUUAAAAAAAUCAUUAAAACCAAUUCAACAAACCCCAUUUUCACCUGGACAAAAACGUACCUUCCGUUUCCGCGUGAUGCUGCUGCACUUUGGGCACCGCAAGUCCCACUUUCCAUGACCCGCGUGCAAAAUGCAAUCGAGAAACUGAUUUGUGUGUGCUCAGUGUAAUCAAACCUUGAAAGAGGGAUAAAAGAAGGGACUUGGUUAGGUUUUGGUUAGCUCAAGAUACAAAGGAAAGACGACAAGAUAGGUUUAACCAAGGAAACAAGCAAACAAACAAACACUCUUAAAGACAAGCUCAAGUAGAAGAGCCCCCUCGAGGAGAAGAGGUUUUAGUAGCAGAGUUUAGGUGUACGUUCUCUUUGCUUUUGCCCUUUGCGCAUCCCGGUCGUACUACGCACGCGUGUUAACUAUUAGUUUUUUUUAAAGCCACAACUCACACGUUGAAUAUGAAACCGACACAACCAUACUAUACUAUACUACUACUAAAAUGUACAUGCAGUGGAGCUACACAAACACAAAACUGCGAAACCGAAGCAAAUCGAAAUGUAAGAUGAGAAAGAAUCUCUAUUUAUUAACAAACAAAAAAAAGAAGCAAACAAUCGAACAUCAUUUAUCUAGUUCUA